AUGUCGUAUGCUGCCAAUGAAGUGACCAUCACCCAGGCGAAGGCGCAGAAGGAUAUCCCUCCCGAGAUUAAGGAUAACCGCAACUUCUUGACCACCACUCUGGGUUUCAAGUCGCCAAGUGGCGUUAAAGUGUACAGCCUAAACGUCGCCAACACCGCCGGGAAGAUUAAGGAUCUUGGCCAGGCGGUGGCUGUGUACGUUGACAGCACCGACUACGGCUUCUACGCCUGCAACUUCACUGGGUACCAGGACACUUUGUGUGCCCACAAGGGCCGUGAGCUGUAUGCUCGGUCCUUCAUCAGUGGUGCUGUCGGCGAUGGCUGGGUCACCGCCAACGGCAACAAGAACGCUACCAUCGCUUCCGAGUACGUCUUCAAUAAAGCGCACGUGUUCGGCCUAAACGAGUCCAUGAACGGAACGACCCACUUGGGUCGCCCGUGGGGUGAGUAUGCCCGAGUUGUGUUCCAGAACAGCGAACUUGAAGACGUCGUCAAUCUUGAGGGGUGGACACCUUGGGACGACAAAACCAGCACCGACAAUGUGUACUUCAAGGAGUUUAACAACGAGGGUCCUGGCGCAGUUACUGUCGCGCGUGUUCCCUAUAGCGGACAGCUGGAUGCUGCGGUGGACAUCACGGAGAUCCUCGGGGACGACUACGAAUCGCAGUGGUGGGUUGACAGCAAAUUUCUGUAA